UUACGAGUGACGUCGUUUUAGUCAGAUUCGUUCCAGACGUGAUCUUCCACAAUUUGAUUACAAACAUCACGGUUUAGCCAAGACAUAUAGAUCAGUGACUGGUCUUCGCCAUCAUCUUUCAAUACCUUCGAUUUCAUUAUCUUCAAUCGAUGGAUUCUCUAUAUCAUCGUGGAUUCUUUUUAAUUUUGCUGAUUUUGUCAUCGAUAUUCUGCUUACAAUCUAGGGCUGAUGGAACUGGUUCAGUUUUUUUCCUUGAUAGCUCGGUUCACCGGUAUCUUCGAUCUCCAUCAUCCGAGCCUGAAUCAAUGUUGCUUCCGGAUGUUGGUGCUGCUACAUCAAUCUUGCUUGGUGUUUCACCUCCUUCUACACUUUCCUCUGCAAGCUCAGAGAAGUUGAACGAGGUGCUCAUGCCUAACCCCUUUGAGAGGCCUCAUGCUGUGUUCAUGCUAGAGAUAGAUGGAGUUGAAGAUAUGCAACUUGGGUUUGGUCCAGAUGGUGAUGUUUUCAGCAAGGCUUUCAAAAGCAAAGUUUCUGUUGAUGAAAAUGAUGUUAAUAUCCAAUUUUCAGAUGAAGAGGAAGUAUCACUUGUCUCCUUGAAUGAACCCCUGCCCUCAUCUUCAGAAUGGACAAACAAAGACUUAAUGGAUUUUGCUGGUUGGUUGGGUGGAUCAUAUGUUAGUACUGAGUUGGACCCCAUGAAUGGAGAGCUGAUUGUACCUUUGUCUAACAAUGCUCAAUUAAAACUUGAUAUGUCAAAGCAAGCAGACAGAGAGUUUACAAUAAGCCUCAUCACCCUCAUCUACAAUGUCCAAAGAACAGUGCAAAUGCAUGAAGAUUUAUCAGGAAAUAUUCUUAGUCCAGCAGAGUUGAUUAAAGGAAGAUUCGAUGGAAUUAAGGUUUUGAAAGUGCAAUAUGGAAAUGACGAUAUUGUCCAACAAGGAGUUGAGUUAUUGGUGGCUUCAUUAUCCAAGAUAUAUGAUACUUUACAAGCAGCAUACAAAGGUGAAAUUGUUGGAGUUGUUCUUUUGAAUGAUGGAUCUUCUGAUGAGACAAUUUUGAAUGUGAGCUUUGGUUCACCUUCUUCUAGAAGGUUGGAGGAGACAAAGGGAAAACUUGAUCCAAUUAUAAUUGCACAAGUGUUUCUUGUUAGGAGAACCCUUGCAUGGAUUACAGGAAUCAUUCUUAUAAUCGCCACACUUCUAGGAGUACAUUUUCUGAUGAAUAUGCCACUCACACGAGACACCCUUUUGUAUUCGAAUGUCAAGCUUGACUAAAAAGUUUGACAUGAAGAGGAGAAUCAUUAUUUCCGUAUUAAUUGGGAUGAUUUUUAUAUUUAUUUGGUUCUGUUUUUAUAGUUAUCUUUGGCAUUUGGGAUGAUUUGGAGAUUCAUGAUGAGUAGGGAGUAGUAGUAGUACAUAGCAAGUGAAGUAGCAACCAUUUGUGAUGAUGAAUGGAUGGAUCUCUUUAUGUAUUUGUAUGCCAAGUUUUGAAUAAUGAUGUAUGUCUACAUUUCAUAAUAAAACAUCAACAAAGGCAUUUUAUUCAAGAAUAAACUUUCUUGUUGGUUUA